GUGAACAUUUAACUUUGACAUAGCGUGAUAUAAGAAUGUAACAUAUGCACAUACGUUUUAUUCGUUAUAUCAAGUUUCCUUUUUUUACGUGUCAGAAUUGAUUUUCUGUUAUUCUUCGAGACUUGUCUGAAGCUCCUGUGAAGGCAUUGGACAAAAGACAGAAAAUGAUGUUGUUGUUUAUUCCUGUUCUAUUAUUUACAGUUGUAAACGGUGCCAUGGUAACACCAUGCCAAGGUCCAGGAGAUAUUGUGUUUGCUUUAGACGGAUCGGAAAGUAUUCACAGGGAAGAUUUCCAGAAAAUGAUUAAUUUUACACUUAAAAUUAUCGAAUCCUUUGAGUUUGGCCCAAACAAAGUGCGAGUUGGCGCAAUGGUAUUUAGUACUAUUAUUCCAGAAUAUUUCUCUCCAUCUGACAAUUCUGGCGCUGUAAAAAGUAGAAUAUCAAAUUUCAAUCACCCUAGAAAUAUCACCAGGACAGAUCUUGCCAUUGCUUAUAUGAGACAAAGGCUUCUCAAGACUUCACGUACUCGAGUAGGUGUUAUUAUCACUGAUGGAGAAUCGAGUUACCCAAAUGAUACAAAAAAAGAAGCUGUUCAAGCAAGAGGCGAAGGAAUAACUCUUGUUGCAAUCGGAAUUGGCAUCAGAGAGAGUGAUGAAGCUGAACUAGAGGCAAUAGCCGGAGACAAAAGCUUAGUGAAGCUCAUUGAUAAUUUCCGACAACUGGAAAACAAGACGAUUCUUACUGAAAUAAUGAAUUUAUCUUGCAGGGUUAUGCCUAAAAUGGCGACCACACCAGCUCCACUGAUUUAUGAUGAUCCAGAAAAAAUUAUAAUUGAUCCAUUGUGUGAAGGGUGUAUAAUAGACAAUGGAUUCGGAUACAACUAUUUUAAGUACGACUGUUCUAAGUUUGUGGUGUGUUAUCCAAGUGAGGACAGCCAUGGGAAUAAGAUAAUGACGUCUGCGGUCAAACAGUGUGGUUUUAGCACCUUCUGGUCUCAGGAUGAUCUGACCUGUGUUAAAUCUGAAUAUACAGAAUGUCAAUACAGUAUCUGUAAAGGGAAAACAAACGCGACAACUUUGCCCUACGUCGGUUGUAGAUCGUAUUGGAAAUGUCAAGAUGGCCUGCCUGAACCAAUGUGCUGCCCAGCUGGUCAACAUUAUGAUAAUACCCAAAAGAAAUGUGUCGUUGGAGUAUCAGCAAAAUGUUCCGGUGUGAAUUGUGAUGGUGCCGUUAGAGCGUCCCUGCGUAAGAAGCCCGCAUGUGAUUAUGAGGAAAAUUCUAAAGAUCCUGCCACAUAUUACCAAAUACUGAGAGUUCCGGGGUUUGCCGACAGGAAAUUUCUACGGAAUUGUGCUCCUGGUACAAUUUACAAAGAUCUGGACUGUAUGUGUGUAUUGGAUUUAAAGGGAAUUGCUAAAAAGACAACUUGUAGUGCAAUCAUUACCCAAGGUUCGAAUGGUCAGUUCUAUUGGCAGAAAGACAUGGCUUUACCAUAUGGAAAUUCAAACUUAGACUUGACCUCUGAGCCAGAUGCUAUAACCUACAAUUCAAAAUCCCAUGUCAACAUAUGGCGUCUUGCCAAUCAUGAAUUCAUGGACUCAUUAGGGAUCGAGAUGAGUGUGAAACUGACUCCAUUUACCGGAAAGAAGGGAUCUAAAACUGAACAAAUCCUGUUGAAUUGUCUCCAUAGCGACGCGGUACUGGAGGAGGACCAAUGCUCGCCUUCUAUGUCUCUACAAGUCAAGAAAGAACCAAACAAGUACACAUUCAUCGCGGAGCUGCAUACACUCACUGAUAGAGGAACCGAAUAUAACGAGACAAUCUCCAGUACAGUGUCUUCCACAAGUGGCUAUAAGGGAUAUAUUCCCAUCACCUUUGCAUAUGAUGGGGACAAUUUUGCAUUGAAGGCUGACGGCAAUGAGAAAUCUGUACCUUUGACAGGUUGGAUACAGCGAAGGCAGACAGGGUUGGUUUUUGGGCGUCCAACUAUUAGAAAUACCUCAGUGGGUUUCUUGGAUGGCAGCAUAAAAGAGAUUAACGUCUACGACUGUAUCCCGCUAUCAAUCAAGGACGCACUGAAAAUCAUGUAAACUGAGCUUGACAACGGACCACGGACCCCCAGACAAUCCUAACAACCUAAAUAUAUUCUUUCUCAUCUGUAUCUAACGUAUCUACAAAAAAACUUUUUCAAACGUUACUGGUACCAAUUGUUAUAUUUGUAGAAUUACACAUUGUUAUCUAUUCAGUUUGAAUCCAAAUAAUCGUUGAGGUAAUUAAGGAGAAAAAAAUACAUGUUCAACAAUUGAUCUAAGGGUCUUAGGGACUAUUGGUUUAUUUUACAAUUGACAGUAUUAUGUUCUUCCCAUGAUUUAACCAGUUAAUUUUACCAAUUAAUUACCAAUAUGCGUAAUCAAUUAAAUGAUAUGUAUGUCCACAUUAGCAAAAUUGUAAUCUUUAUGCCAAUAUAUAUUUUUUCUUUCGGCACUCAUGACUUUAAAAAAAACUGUUUCGCUUAUUUAGCAUAAAGAAAAAUUGUUUCUUUGUUUGGUUUUUUAUUAUGUUUAUUAUUAUUUAACCAUGUUGUAAAUUCUUCUUGGUACUCUGAAAUAUAUGUCAUUUUCUAUCUUUAAUAAACUUCUUGCAUAUUUGAAA